AUGUCGAUUCAGUUGCUACCACAAGAACUAAUCGAUGAAAUCAUCAAUUUUCUUGAAGACGAAUGGAAUAUAUCUCCCGAGCCACUUGUCAGCUGCAAUUCUGUUUGCCGUUCUUUCAGAGCCCGUAGCCGACCUCUUCUGUUUAAGAUAAUCAUGCUAUACGACGCAGCGUCGUGUCGGCAUUUCCAAGAAAUCUUGGUAUCCUCUCCUGAAGUCGCCUUCUUCCCACGGGGCCUGGAUAUCCUUGAUCCCGCUUUCUUGGAAGAUGACGAGGUAGCAAUGACAUGGAUAGCUCAGGACCCUGUUUUGCCAGUCAUACUAUCUUCACUCAUCCGUCUUCGGAGCAUCUCCAUCGUCAGCGAGCCCGGGUAUGAUGAUUGGGGAAGACAUGUCCGUCCUUUUGCAAUCCAACACGCUUCAGACGCCUUGCACAAGUCACUUAUCGGUGCCUUGCGCUCCCCCCAUCUAGAAUGUAUAAGACUGGAGGGGGUCAUUGUUGAUUCAUGCCACAACCUCUUCAACUUCCUUGCUGAUUGCGGACCCUCUAUAAAGUCCCUCGAAGUUCUUUCCCUCUGGCAUAACGAAGAGGGUGACGUUGGUCAGUGUGCGGGUGGCUUAAGUCUGCCCGUAUCGACAGGUUCUCGCCUCCAACUCCGGACAUGUAGCAUUCAUAUAUCUGAAUGCAUCGUCGACUAUCUUUUGAGUCGUCAUUCUGCGGUGGAUAUCCAAUCGGUAUGGGGUCUGGCAUUGCAUUUGAAGCACGCUCGUCUUGGUGUUAGGUCAAGGGCAAGCUCCCUGCUCACGCACGUCGUAGAUCUGGUUAUCGAAGAUUUUUAUACUGAACGCACACCAGAGAUCUUUGAUCUCGGCUCUUGCGGCAAGCUUCGCUUCAUUCAUUUCAUUCCCAGGGUGAAUAUCACCAAAACAAAUUGCUGGUCGUACCUUGCCAGAACGUUGGCCACGAUCACCACAGAUAUCCUCGAAACAGUCGAGAUCGAUGCAUACGUAGAUUGGCUUGACAAUACUAUCCCUUCUACUUCAAUCAUUAACGAGUUCGACUGGACUGCUCUUGAUUCGGUGCUUUCGAGACCCUCAAUGCACAAUCUCAAAAAAGUCCGCUUGACAUUGACGACGUUCAGUCUACCUCAGAAUGAUCAAGUGGAUGUAAUUUUGAAGACUGGCUUUCCGUUGCUUUUGAAGAAAGGGAUCAAGGUUCAGAUGUCACAUAUGAAUUUAGAUGGAUGA